GCGCGUGUGGCGCGCGCGCGGACGAUCGGAGCGAGACAGAAGACGACGACGCGGUCAAGCUGCUAGCGGUCGCGAUGGCGGCCCCGCUCGUGUGCCACGGGCACUCGCGACCGAUCGUGAACCUGGAGUACAGCAACGUCACGGACGACGGCGUGUUCUUGAUCUCGAGCAGUAAAGACGGCCAGCCGAUGCUUCGGAACGGCGAGACGGGAGACUGGAUCGGCACGUUCGAGGGGCAUAAGGGGUGCGUGUGGGGGGCGACGCUGAACGCGCCGGCGACGCACGGCGCGACCGCGAGCGCGGACUUCUCCGCGCGUCUGUGGAACGCGAUCACGGGAGACGAGCUGCACUGCUUCGCGCAUAAGCACAUCGUCAAGUCCGUGUGCUUCUCGCAGGACUGCCAGAAGCUCCUCACGGGCGGGAGCGAGAAAUUGCUGCGGAUAUACGACCUCGCGAACAUCGACGCGCCGCCGUACGAGAUGCAAGGUUCGCCGUCGCAGAUCCGAACCGCGCAGUUCACCGCGGAGGAUACGCUCAUCGUGUCCUCCUGCGCGGACGACCCCGGGAUCAGGGUGUGGGACGUCCGAACCAACACCGUCGUCACGACGUUGGGCACGGACACGCCGGUGACGUCCAUCGAGAUCACCGAGAACGGGCGGUACAUCACCACCGCGGACGGGAAGAACGUCACGUUCUUCGACGCGAUGACGUUCACGCCGGUGAAGAAGUGGACGAUGCCGUACGAGGUUGAGAGCGCGUCGGUGUGCGUCAAACACGAGAGGUUCGUCGCGGGCGGGACGGAUAUGUGGGUGCACGUGCACGACAUGUCCGGGACCGACGCGAAGGAGCUGGACGUCGGGAAGGGGCACCACGGGCCGGUGCACUCCGUGAGGUUCGCGCCGGACGGGGAGAGUUACUCGAGCGGGAGCGAGGACGGGACGAUUCGGAUCUGGAGAACGUUUCCGAAGGCGCCGGGGAAGUGACGGACGGACGGACGAGACGUGGACGUGGACGUAGACGUCGUCUGGGUUGGUUUUUUCGUAGACGUUAGCUCUCGAUCGCGCGCGAUGUACUGCGUACACGUGUACGCGUAGCUCUAUCUCAAAAUCCAAAUCAAAUCG